AUGACCGUGUUGCGCUGGGGUAUGCUCGGCACGAGCUUCAUCUCCGAUGUCGUAGCUAGAUCAAUCACCAACAGCCAAAACUCCACCAUCGCCGCGGUCUUCGGUCGAAAUGAAGAGCGUCUGGCGACCUUCGCCGACAAGCACAACAUCGCUGAGCGGUACACAUCAAUCGACGAUCUUCUUGACAGGGCCUCAAUCGACGUUGUCUACGUCGGGUUACCAAACCACAUGCAUACCCCCGCAGUUCUAGCAGCAGCAAACAGAGGCAAGGCAAUUCUCUCUGAGAAGUCCUUGGCGACGACAAUGGAGGACGCGCAAGCUAUUGAGAAAGCCGUCAAAGACGCAAAUGUCUUUUUCUUGGAAGGACUGAUGUAUCUUACACAUCCCGUGAUAAAGAAAUUGCAGGAGCUGCUUCUCGACGGGCGCAUUGGUACGGUUCGAGGUGUCUCAGGAUAUUACUCUGCGAAUAUCUGGAAGAAGGCCAAUCCCCUCAGUAUGGGUACUAUCUACAACUUGGGUUGUUAUCCGGUCUCGCUACUCCAUCUUGUGAUUGAGACUGCUUUUGGAAGCGACGCGUUCGCGACGCGUCAAUUACACGGGUUCGGCAAUAUCUCAACUGAGGGUAGCGUCCAUGUUCGCGAUGCCUCUUUGACAGUGCGCUUCAACAAUGGCGUGCUGGCAAGCUUGCAAUCGACAGAUAGCUAUGGCAAUGAUUUCUCAUUUGCGGUUCUUGGUGACAAAGGACGGAUUAAAUUUGUCACCAAUCCGUGGUUGCCAAUGGCCGGAAAUAAUAUCAUCGAGCUCAAGACUUAUGGCGGUGAUACUGAACAGAUACUCGUACCGGCCGAGCUGGAUGCUUUUGGUCAUCAGGUGAGGAAAGUGGAGGAUUGCUUGAAUCGAGGUGUCAAAGAAGCCGAGCGUCCUUCGCCUAAUGUUGCCAAGAGUGUUGAAAUAAUGGGGCUUUUGACGGAGUGGGAGGCUCUCAUUCAGAGUCAACAUAAAUGA